CCUGGCGUUUCGCCGGAAUCAAUAUUGUUAAGAUAUCGAUGGAUAUCCAUGGGGCGACCUCGUCAAUGGCUCUGAUUCUGAAACAACAAAUCUGAGAUUCUCUUCUAUUAUCAGUAACCAAACAAACCCCUUUCUCUCUCCUCCCAAUCGCCCCCUUCUCUUAUGCUCUCUAAUCCUCUAAUCUUCUUCUCUCUCAACCUUCUCUUUCUUUCUCUUCCCUCCAUUUAAUCUCCCUCCUCGCCGCCCACUUCGCUUUCCUGCCCCUCACAUUACUCCUUCUCGCGUUUCUCAUUGGCUGGGCAUUAGGAGAGGAAUUGAAAUCUUAUAUUGUUAGAUAUGAGUGCUUGAUUCGUCUCUUUGAUGCUAACCUGUUUCCAUUAGCAAACCCGAGAACACACCAUUAUGUCCGGACCGUUCUUUUCCAAACCAGCUCUUGAUGGAUCUGAUGUUGAGAACUCCGAGGAUGAGAAGAAUUCAUCCAUUGGGUCCUUCAAGCAAAAGGCAGUGAGUGCCUCCUCCAAGUUCAGACAUUCUAUGAUAAGAAGGGGCAGGAGAAGUAGUAAAGUCGCAUCUGUGGAAAUUGAAGAUGUGCGCGACACAGAGGAGAUGCAGGCUGUUGAUGCCUUUCGCCAAGUGUUAAUAUUGGAGGAAUUGCUUCCUGCCAAGCAUGAUGACUAUCACAUGAUGCUCAGAUUCAUGAAGGCCAGGAAGUUUGAUAUUGAGAAAACAAAGCAAAUGUGGUCUGACAUGCUCCAGUGGCGUAAAGAAUUUGGCGCUGACACCAUAAUGGAGGAUUUUGUAUUUGAGGAGCUGGAUCAAGUCUUAGAUUACUAUCCUCAAGGGCACCAUGGCGUAGAUAAGGAAGGACGGCCAGUAUACAUUGAGAAGUUGGGAAAGGUGGAUUCCACGAAGUUAAUGCAAGUCACUGAUCUUGAUCGCUAUCUCAAGUACCAUGUACGGGAGUUUGAGAGGACAUUCACGGUCAAGUUUCCUGCCUGUUCAAUAGCUUCCAAGAAGCACAUAGAUCAAAGCACAACAAUCUUGGAUGUCCAAGGAGUGGGACUUAAAAGCUUCAAUAAGACCGCUCGGGAGCUCAUCUCCCGCCUUCAGAAAAUAGAUGGCGAGAACUAUCCAGAGACCUUGAAUCGUAUGUUCAUCAUUAAUGCCGGUUCCGGAUUUAGAAUCCUGUGGAAUACUGUAAAAUCUUUUCUAGAUCCAAAAACCACUGCAAAGAUCAAUGUUCUUGGAAAUAAAUACCAAAGCAAGUUACUGGAAAUUAUUGAUUCCAGUGAGUUGCCAGAGUUUCUCGGAGGCACCUGUACCUGCGCCGAUCAAGGAGGAUGCAUGCGUUCUGAUAAAGGUCCAUGGAAGGACCCAAAUAUAUUAAAGAUGGUCAACAAUGGAAAUCAUAAAUGUUCAAGUAAAUCUGGGGACAACAUGGGGAAUCACUCACCUGAUGUUAAGGGUGUCUGCUCCAUCUCUCAUUUGAAGUAUUCACCACUCUCUCCUCUCCAUGAGGUUCCGAUUAUCAAGAAUAUUCAAGUACCUUACAAUGAGGAUUGUGUCCCGGUGGUUGAUAAAUCUGUGGAUCUUACAUGGAAAAUGGUGUCAGAAAAGAACAUGCCUACCUCUUCCAAAGCAAUGGGUUUUCCUAUAGCUUGUUCAGGGGAAGGCCCUGGGGGUAUUAAAUCUAAGGUUCUUGCUACUAUUGUGGCCUUCAUAAUGGGAAUUUCUGCCACGGUGAGAUUGGCUCGCACCAUGCCUAAGAAGCUCUCUAAUGCCUCCCUAUACUCCAAACCGAUUUUUAAGGGUCAGGGUCAGCCACCUUUAUUUGAUCCAUUGCCUGAUUACAUGUCCACCGUAAAACGCAUGGCUGAAUUGGAAGAGAGAGUGAAUAACCUAUGCAAUAAACCUGCUGACAUGCCUCGCGAGAAAGAGGAGCUACUGAAUGCUACAAUGGCCCGCGUUGAAGCCCUUGAACAGGAGCUUACCACAUCCAAGAAGGUUUUGGAGGAAACAGUGGCUAGACAAGCAGAGAUCUUUGCUUAUAUUGAGAAAAGGAAGAAAAAGAAGAAACUGAUUCCAUUCCGCUGGUGAAGGGAUGAAAUGGCAGCCACGAGCAGCAGUUGGGCAAUCGCCCGAACGCCGUCUCUGCACUCUCUGUGUGUUUGAACCAGAAAAUGUAAAUCAAAAAGUUUCUGGUGGAGUUGUUUAAAAUUUUAUGUACACAUUUAUUUUUUGAUGUAAAACUGAAUCCGUCCAAGAUUAACAAAAA